CCGUGGUCCCUGAAUGUGGUAAAACCUAUUCACGGUGGUCCCUGAGCUUAAAAAUGCAAACGGAAGUGUGACCUGGAUUUCUUUUUUGUAAAAGCUGAAGCUUACGUGGCAUUUGAAUGUUGAGAAAGUUCUAAAAAUUUCAAUUUAGUCCCUAUAAUUGAAAAGUCUCUCCCCCAUCUUCCUCUACCUCUCCCCACCACCAUCACCUCUCUUCCUCCCAUCUUCCUCCCCAACUGUCUACCCACUCCACCACCACUGCUCUGAAAUCUCAACUCAAAACCCAUAAAACAAAAAAACCCAGAGGUUCUAGGAACUCAACCCUUCAUCAAAACCCUAAAAUCAUCAUAUCUCUCACCCAGAUUUUUGCAAUCAACUAAGUUCAAUUCCGUUAAAGCUUCCAUCUUUCCCAAUAAAACAAUGGUAAAUUGAAAAUCCCAGACAAAGUUUGUCACAUUCUUCAAUGGACGUGAAGGCUUUGGCAAAAUCAAAGAGAGCUACCGUGAAUGGAUUUUGCCACAUUCAGGGACCACGGGAGAUAUUUUAGAAGUUUAGGGACCAAGUUGAAGGCGGGUGGCACUGCACACAAGGUUUGGCGACGCCGGCGGCAAUGAUGGAAGGAGGAACGCCGCCGCAACCUCCGGGGAUGGACAUGACUGUGGCUCAACACGUACCCCUUGGAUCGCAACCUCGUCUUCGAUUACUUCGCCCUCUCCCCUUUGAUUGGACCUGCAACAACGAGCAACUCCGAAUACGCUCUCUCCACCCUCUCGAUCUCUCUCAACUCACGAAAAUGACAGGCACAACAGAGUUUGUGCUCUGUGAAGUUAUGGAACCCCCAUCUUGGAUGGUUUAAUCUACCAGGCUCCACAACUAUGCAAUGUUUUCGCCACUCGAAUCGGAAGGGCACUCUAUUAUAUACAAAAAGCUUUUACUACAGCUGCCUCAAAGUUGGAGAAGAUAGGAUAUGAUGGAUCAGUUGACUCUGAAAAUGAGACUGCAUUGCUGGAAUCAAAGGUUGCUAAGGUGACAAUUGACCUAAAGGAAGUUAAGCGAGUGGAUAAUAUUCCUGCAUCCUUGCAACACAAGAUCAAUUCAAAAUUUAGAAGCCUUGCAGAAGUAUAAGUGUUACAAUGUCGGAUUCUUGGACUCCAGCCCAAGACCGGGCUUUAGAGCUAGCCCUCGCAACUGUCCCUGAUGAUGCGCCAGACCGGUGGGAACAAAUUGCCGCUGCAGUUGGUCGUCCGCCAGCGGAGAUCAUGGAAAGGUAUCGAUUGCUCGUACUUCACGUUGAUAAUAUUGAAGAAGGUCCUGCUCCAGAUUUCAUUGUAGAUAGGGUUCCAGAGCCAGUUCCAAACGAUCCUAGUAGUUCACAAAAAAUCACAAAGAAGAUCUCUCCUAAUAUUGAAGAAGGUCCUGCUCCAGAUUUCAUUGUAGAUAGGGUUCCAGAGCCAGUUCCAAACGAUCCUAGUAGUUCACAAAAAAUCACAAAGAAGAUCUCUCCUAAUCAAAAUGAGAAAAGAGUACUAUGGACUGACGAUGAACACAGGAAUUUUCUGAGGGGGCUUAAGAAAUAUGGCAAAGGACAAUGGCAAACCAUCUCAAGAGAAUUUCUCCCAUCAAAAACUCCAACUCAAAUUGCUAGUCAUGCUCAAAAGUAUUAUCUUCGCCUGAAUAGUACACCAAAAAGGAGAAAAAGGGCAAGCAUCCAUGACCUAACCAUUGAUGACACUGACUUGGUUCCUCAACAAAAUCAAGUUCCUCAAUUAAACGCUCCAAUGCAGGAAUUAUCCCCUCAGCAAAAUGGGGUACAAUUGGAUGCUCCAAUGCAGCAAGUAUCCUCUCAGCAAAAUCAAGUUGAUGCAUUGGACUUUCCAAUGCAGCAAUUAUCCUUUCAGCAAAAUGGGGAUCCUCCUUUGAAUUUCCCACAUCAAGUAUUCCCUCAGCAAAAUUGUGCUACUCCUUUGAAUGUGCAGCAACUAUCCUUUCAGCAAAAUGGAGAUCCUCCCCUGAAUUUUCCACAUCAAGUAUACCCUCAGCAAAAUUGUGCUACUCCUUUGAAUGUGCAGCAACUAUCCUUUCAGCAAAAUGGGGAUCCUCCGUUGAAUUUUCCACAUCAAGUAUACCCUCAGCAAAAUUGUACUACUCCUUUGAAUGUGCAGCAACUAUCCUUUCAGCAAAAUGGGCAUCCUCCUUUGAAUUUUCCAAUGCAACAAUUACAAGAAAUUCAACAAAGUGGUUUGGCCUCUCAGCAACAUAUGGUUCCUCCUUUGGAUGCUCCAAUGCAGCAAUUACAAGAAAGGCAACACACCUUAGGGGAUAGUGGCUUGACCUCUCAGCAGCUUAUGGUUCCUCCUUUGGAUGCUCCAAUGCAGCAAUUACAAGAAAGGAAACACACCUUAGGGGAUAGUGUCUUGGCCUCUCAGCAACAUCCAGUUCCUCCUUUGGAAGUAAUGCCAAUGCAGCAAUUACAAGAAAGGCCUCAAGAACAUCAAGCGGUCAAUUCGAGACAUUUUGUUUGGAAACCCGUUGGCAACCGUGGACGUUAGCACUUACUAAGAGUUGAGAAGUGAAUAUAACUUUUCUUAUGACUGUAGAUGGAAGUUCACUGACCUUGAAACCAAGGGUUGUUUAUUUGAAUUGUGAAUUAAAAGUACUGUUUAGCUAACUGAUAAAGUUGGAUUGGUCAAACUUGUAGAUGCAUUUUUCUCAACUAUUUGUGUAUAUUUUUCAAUGAUUUACCCAGCCAGUAGUGUACAUUACUGAGCAAAAAAUACAUCCUACAUUGUAGUACCUUGAAAUUUUUUACUGUUUAUGCAAUGAUCUUUUACUCGAGA